CUUCACUGCAUAAUUAUUGAAAUUUACUUUUAGAGAGGAUUUUGGCGAAUGUGAAUCAUGGCUGUAAACGGCUGUACGCCCGAAACCGCAAGUUGGGCUGAGCUUUGGGAUCAAACUGAUGCGGUUGCCAACCAUACACAAAAGGGAGUAGAGUUUCUCGAAAGGAUUGGGACUUUUGCCAAAGAGAGAGCUUUGAUAGAAGAGGAAUACGCCGCAAAGCUAAGAAAUCUUGCAAAAAAAUCUCUUGGAAGAAAAAAGGAGGAUGAAGAAGCUGCCAAAAACUUCACGUACGUAAGGUCAUUCGUCAAUUUGCUUCGAGAGCUGGAAUCUCUGGCUGGCCAGCAUGAGGUCGUUGGCGAAAAAAUUCGCAAAGAAGUGAUACCAUUCGUAGUGACAAGAUCCAAUGUACAUCGCGCGCAAAGAAAGCAAUGUCUUGCCGACCUUCAAGCAAUACAUGCAAAUUUAGCUGGUGCCAUGGAACAUCUUGGUAAAGCCCAAAAGCAUUACAGCAAAUCUUUCAAAGAGGCGGAAGCUGCUUAUUUAAAGUAUGCCAAAGCCGACAAGAACAUGGAGAUAUCUCGAUUGGAUCUAGAUAAAGCCAAGAACAAUGCACAGAUGCGAAGUCAAAUCAGUGAAGAAGCGAAACAGGCUUAUGCACAUGCUUUACAAGGCGCUAAUGAAGCUCAAAAUGCUCACUAUUCACAACUUCUUCCCGAUGCAUUGGCUCGCAUGAGGACCAUUGAUCUUGAGCGUAUCAACGAUACGAAAACAGCGAUGGAGCUGUGCAUUGCUUCGGAAGCAGACGUCCGUCCUAUCAUAGCGCGGUGUCACGAGGAUAUGAGAAAGGCCGUGCAACAGAUUGACGCCAUCCAAGAUACCGCUAUGGUUGUAGAACAAUUCAAGACUGGCUAUGCAUUCCCUCCUCCCAUUCAUUUUGAUGAUCUUGGUCCUCCUGACUCUUGCAUCAACAGUGGAGAAGUUUCGCAUGUCGACUCAACGCUGAAGCGAGGAUUGUUAAGUGGUGGGAAGAAAGAUGGCAAAGGAGUUUCUAGGAAGCAGUCGAUGCACCAAAAAUUCUUCGGUGGAGGAGACAAGCACAAGGCUGAUGCAAACGGUGAUUACGGCCAGCUUCCUCCACAGCAGCGAAUACGAAAGUUACAUGCAAGACUUGCGGAAUUAGAAAAGGAGAGAGAGAAAAGGCAACAGAGUCGAGAAGGAGCAGCAAAAAUGAAGCAGGUGUACACAGACAAUCCAAAGAUGGGUAACGCAGCUGACUGUGAAUCUCAGCUCAGCCAGUAUGAGAAGGAAAUCGAAUCUCUGGAUCAGCAAAUAUCUAAGCUUCGUCUGUUGCUAGAAGAUGCACAAAUGCAGAGUGGUAAUGACACUCCGCCAUCGCUGCGGUCGGGAAGUUCCACCGGAAGCGCGCCGCCAGCUCGUCCUCCUCAUCCCCAAACAUCUCAACGUGGUAGUUACAGCGAAGAAAGUAUAGCAAGUAGUGACGGCGUCAAUACUCCUAAUCGAAAUAACGGUGCUCAGUUGCGGCGUGAUGAGGUAUACGAAGAGUGCGCCAUGCCUGCAUUAGGUACAGCUGUUGCACAGUUCCCCUUUGAGGGUGGUACAGAAGGCACCAUCGGAAUACAAGAAGGUGAAGAACUCUUGCUCAUUGAACGAGAUGAAGGAGAUGGAUGGACAAGAGUUCGACGGAUUGAUAAUUCUACCGAGGGUUUUGUUCCGUCCAGUUACCUUCAAUGCAAAUGGUAUGCAGCGGAGGAGAAGUAAAUGUGCAUGAGACCGAGACGUUUCUUUUGGAAACGUAGUUGUUUUCCAGUCACUUAUUGUUUAUAUCUUAUAGCUUAUCAUCUUUCCCUUAGUCCGAAUUGCCCGACGACAGUUUUCCGCCUCCUAAUAUUGUUUUUGCUUUAUGAUUCUUAUGUGCGAAGUGGCCAAGCGAUUGUCCGAAUCAGUUGAGAUAUCGCUGGAGGUAUCUCUCAAAAAAUUCACAUUUCUACAUCUGACUUUAGCCUAGCCAAUUAUCUUUUUGAUUUGUUCCGCUUUCCAGCUCCUUUGCUCGGGUUUGUUGUGUCCUAAUCGUGCACUUGUCCAUUUCUUAACCUUCUAUUUUCUCGCACAGAUUACCUGUGAUUCUAUCCGCUUCUGAAAAAAGGCGUUCCUGCAAUCCUGGGCAUAAUCGAUUUUCUAUGAAGAGAUUGUCCAAUAUUUAGGAAGUAACAAACCUGAAGUUAAUAAAUACUCUUCGACUUCCUUAUUGGCAUAUGGUAAGUGCCAUUGAAGCUGCAUUCUUCAUGUGAGUAGAAGCAUCUAACAUAUAAAAGUCGUGUAAGUUUCUUCUUUCUGCAAUCUACACUUCAGGUUCUGUUGUGACUACGUGCUAGUAUAAACCGUUGGCUUCUGAUGUAGUGGGAUCUUAGUAUAUAUGCAGAC